AGGUCACCACGUCAAUGCUGAUCGCUUUAAAUGAAAUUGUGUUUAGAGUUUGGUUGAGUGUAUGUUAAAAUAAAUUUUUGUUCAAGAAAAACACUGGAAUGGCAGCCGGCGAAAGCACAUAUAUAUUGGAGAAAAAAACUGUUGUAUCACCAACUUCUCCACCUCAGGAAAGAGACAAUGAAAGUUUUGGAUCAACUCAUGAUGUUAAACAAUUAAUACUGGAUGAACCAGUUGGUAAAAGUACUGAAACAAGUAAUCUUCACCAAACUGGAUUUAAUUACAUCAAUAGUAUUAUUGGAUCUGGAAUUGUGGGUAUUCCUUAUGCUAUAAAUCAAGCUGGAUUUGUAUUGGGUUUACUUUUACUUCCAAUUAUAGCUAUUGCUACAGAUUAUUCCUUAUGUAUUCUAGUAAAAGGUGGAAAUAUUGUUGGUGUGUCAACUUAUCAAGAUUUGGUACAAGCAGCAUUUGGAAAACCUGGAUUUUAUUUUCUAACUUUAAUUCAAUUCAUCUAUCCUUUUAUAGCAAUGAUCAGUUAUAAUAUCAUUAUUGGAGAUACAAUUACUAAAGUUCUAAUGAGAAUUUUUGGAGUAUCUCGGAAUACAGUUUUGGGAAAUCGUCAUUUUGUAGUAUUUUUUGUUACAGUAUGUGUAACAUUACCUUUAUCUUUAUAUCGAAAUAUCAGUCGUCUCUCAAAGGUUUCUUUAGUAUCUUUAUUAUUUGCUGUCUUUAUUUUAAUAUUUGUUCUCGUUCGAGCAUCAACACUGGCAGGAAUUGUUCCAGCUACAUCUAAUGCAUAUUCUUUUGCCAAUUGGGGAAUAACUGAUGCUAUUGGAGUCAUUGCAUUUGCAUUUAUGUGUCACCACAAUUCUUUUCUGUUAUAUGAUGCUCUUGAAAAUCCAACUCAGGGCAGGUGGAAUCGUAUUACACACAUCAGUAUGGGUCUGUCAUUUAUUCUAAUAUUAGUUUUUGGAAUUGGAGGAUAUGUUACAUUUACAGGAUUUAGUCAAGGAGAUUUAUUGGAAAAUUAUUGUAUGACUGAUGAUUAUGCCAAUGCAGCACGUAUUUUAUUUACCAUAACAAUUAUGCUGACUUACCCCAUUGAGUGCUUUGUAACUCGUGAAGUAUUUGAAAAUGCUUUCUUUGCCAAUCAUCAACCUUCUUCAACUCUCCGUCAUGCUAUUGUCACUGUCGUAAUUGUUUUUCUAACUUUUGCAUUAUCUAUAUUGACUGAUUGCUUGGGAAUUGUCUUACAGUUGAAUGGAAUAUUAGCUGCUGUUCCUCUUGCAUACAUCCUUCCUGCAGCUACAUAUUUAAAAGUACAACAGGAAAGAAUUUUGUCUUGGGAUAAAACCCCAGCAUUUUUAUUAGUAUUUUUUGGAAUUAUUGUUGCUGUUUGUGGGACUGCUAAAACUGUGAUAAAUAUUUCAAAUGGAAUUACCUGCAGCCAUGGAGAAGAAAUGCCAUAUUGCCUUCCUCCAUUCAUUCCAACAAAUAUUUCAAACGUUUAUAAUUUAUCUACGAUAAAUGAUCUAUCGUGAAUCUAAUAUAUAUUCAUAAAAUAAUAUAUUAUUGUGUAGAGUAUAAUAUAUACAUAUAUAUAUAUACAUGAUCAUAUAUUUUUCUUGCAUGAAAUUUUUAAAUUACUAUAUUUAUUAUUUCAUAAGAAUUUUAAAAAUAUUGGCACAAACUUAUAUCAUUGUUUCAAUGAGAUAUACAAAUAUAUUUGAUAAGAAACUUUUAUAAAUGGGUUAACCAUGGUUGAUUUAUUUAUUUUAUCAAAAAUUCAAUUUUUAAUUUGUUUAAAUGAUAAAAAUUUGCUUUAGUUUACUUAAUAUACAAAGAUUUAUGUAUAUGUAUUUAUUAUUACUACUUUUUCUUACGUAUAUUACUUGAUAGUUUUAUUAAGAACUUAAUAUUUACUAUCUUGACAAUUAUUUUUAAAACUUCCAAAUUUGAGUACGGUAGGCCCUCGAUUUGAUGGACUAAUUGGGAAAGGGGCUUGCCCUAUUGCCAAAAGUCUGUUUGAUUUGAAUGCACUUCAAUAACAUAUUGAUAACCAACUUACAACAUACAGGAUGUAUUAAAAUAUUGCUAUAAAGUAUAAGUAUGAAUAAAAUAUUAUUGUGAUGUACAGUACAUUGAGUAAUUUAUACCCAUUGACUCAAUCAUUUAGUGUGCUCUAUUUGCGAAUUAAAAACAGAUUCUAAAUUUUUCUUUUAAGACAGAAAUUUAUUUUUGUCUAUUAAUUAAAUUGAGGGUUUACUGUAUUUUGGA